CUCGCGAGGUUCGCUGUCACGCACGGCCUCAAGAGUGCCGACCACCAGCGGCCGGGAUAUUUCUAGUCGGGCUCUCCUCGCAGACUUAGUACCCGAGUAUCGUGUGUGCACAGUGCAUCGCGGCCGAGUGUUUUCCCCCCCCUCGGGAUAUAUAUUUAAUUCCCGUUCGUUGCUCGAUCUUGACGGGUCGGGUGUCGUGCCGAUUGGGUGACGAAUGUGAGAGCCGGUGAUAUGUCCGAGAGAAAAGUCGUAACGCCGAGACGGAAACGGCUCAACGACCCUUCUGGGUCAAGGCCGUUGGUAAGGUCGGAUGUACCGAAGGAACCGGCGAGACCGCCGAGAACAAGGACGCAGACCGUAUACGUGACGACGGCUCACAAUUCCGAUUUCGGAAAUGGCGUGCAACGUGGCGUGUUUGUAGAAACUCAGCAGAAACCGACCGAGAAGGCCCCGAUGACGACCCUCGACGAGAACGUGAACCGUGUACCCCGACAACAGCACAAGGCAGCUGAAAACAUGGAUUAUCUUGGAAAGAUGGACCGGAUAGAAAGGCUUUCGCCGAUGGAUGCAGAAAUGCAAGACGCGGAUGGUGGGCGGCCUGUGCAAGUGGUACUUGCCCAUCCGGAUCAUACCUUCGAGUUAGAUGAAGAUGCACUGUCUGAAAUCCUCUUACACGACGACGUGAAAGAUAGAAGUGUGGUUGUGGUAUCUGUUGCAGGUGCCUUCAGGAAAGGCAAAAGUUUCCUUCUUGACUUUUUUCUUCGUUACAUGAACAACAAGUACACGCUACACAACAAUACCGAGUCCUGGUUAGGCGCUGAGGACGAGCCACUGAGUGGUUUUUCAUGGAGGGGUGGCUCGGAGAGGGAUACUACGGGAAUCUUGAUGUGGUCAAAGGUUUAUCCCGCUACCCUGGCGAACGGUGAAGAGAUCGCUGUGAUUCUUAUGGACACUCAAGGCGCUUUCGACAGUCAAUCAACAGUGCGGGAUUGCGCGACGGUGUUCGCAUUGAGUACAAUGCUGUCCUCGGUGCAGAUAUACAAUCUGUCGCAAAAUAUUCAGGAGGAUGAUCUUCAGCACCUGCAGCUGUUUACCGAGUACGGCAGACUAGCGUUGGAGAGCUCCGACAGCACGCCCUUCCAAAGAUUGCAAUUCUUAAUCAGAGACUGGGUUUAUCCGUACGAGGCCGAUUACGGCUCAAACGGCGGAAAGAAAUUGCUCGACAAAAGACUAGAGAUUUCCGACAGGCAGCAUCCGGAAUUGCAGAGCUUGCGAAAGCAUAUCAAGUCCUGCUUUUCGGACAUAUCAUGUUUCCUCAUGCCACAUCCCGGUCUCGAGAUCGCGAUGAAUCCGAAAUUCGAUGGUAGAUUAUCCGAGAUCCAGACGGAGUUCAAAAAACAGUUAAAAGUGCUCAUACCGAUGAUUCUGGCGCCAGAAAAUCUGGUGACCAAGAAGAUCAACGGCCAAGUCGUGAAAGCGAAAGAUCUGUUGGAAUAUUUCAAGAGUUACAUCAAUCUUUACAAAGGAGAUGAACUUCCCGAACCGAAAAGUAUGCUUGUGGCCACAGCGGAAGCUAACAACUUAACCGCUGUAGCAGAAGCCAAGGAUUUGUACCUUCAGAUGAUGGAGACCGUGUGCGGUGGAACGAAGCCGUUUUUAGCAACCGCUCACUUAGAAUCCGAGCAUCAGCACUGUAUGGAUUCAGCCCUUCGUCAAUUCCAAAACAAACGAAAGAUGGGCGGAGAAGAAUUCAGUCAAAUAUAUAUGGAAAAAUUAAUUAAGGACAUGGAUGAUGCUUUUUCGCAAUUUAAAGCGCACAAUGAGAGCAAAAAUAUUUUUAAAGCAGCGCGAACGCCAGCCGUGUUUUUCGCAAUUGCCGUCACUAUGUACAUUUUAUCUGGAAUAUUUGGUCUUGUUGGUCUGUACACAAUAGCGAAUGUAUGUAAUCUUAUUAUGGGUAUUGGCCUUCUCACGCUUGUCUUGUGGGCAUAUAUAAGGUAUAGCGGAGAGUUCAGAGAAAUUGGAACACAAAUAGAUGACUUAGCCAGUAAAAUAUGGGAAAAUUGUACUAAUGAAAAACGAUAUUUGAGAAAGCUGAGUGCUAACAGGAGCAAAUAUCUUGUUCAGUUCAUGAAGCCACUCUACCAACAGUUUGUGGAGAAGUCCGUGUCUGUAGCAGUGGCGCAGGCUGCUGAAAUGGCGGUAACUAAUUCAACAAUGAACGCCACUGUCACUGCCAAUGGCAAGCCUAAAUUAUUAUAAUUCAUUCCCAUAAUAUCCUGAUUGUUGAAACGAAUCGAAAUAUUGCAUCCUUAUAUGUUAAUAUUAAUCGGCAUAACUAAAUUUUACAAUACCAUUAAAUUUUGACAUACCACCAUUAAUAGUUUUCUCUUUGUUUAAAACUGGAUUAAACAUUAUGGCUUGGAAGUACUAAUUUGAAAAUGACUGUGACUGUAUAUACAAUGUAUUCUAAUGAUAAAUCAGCGUUAGAUUGAUGGAAAUUGUGAUUACUAGUAUUGCCUAGUAUAUCCGUGAAAUGGAUGUUAUCAAAAUAAAGUCUUGUACUGGUGAAAAAUAUUAUCAUUGUAGCUUGGCCUGAAAGUUUUAUCACAGGGAUGUUAAUAUAUUUAAAGAGUUAUUACAAAUUAUUAAAAGGUAGAAAAGUGCAUUUGUGGAACUAUUAAGAAACAUUAGGAAAAUAAGUCUUUACGUGACAGCUCUUUUUGUUCGUUUCCAUUAGGCUAUGUGAAGCUACGUCUAUGAAGUUUUUCUGUUACAUCCAUUACAUUUCAAGUGCAUUUUGCAAUUAAUUUUUGUUUUAAUAGAAAGGAUAUUGUUUUGCGUAGCUCACGUCUCAUGAUUAUGUCCUUGUUAUGUUACGUGUUAUUUAUACAUAUAUGCUUGGAAUAACUAGGUUUAUUUCAUUCGUGCCACAGAAAAACGCGUUACUUGAGUUGUACUGGACUACUGUUUAAUAAAAGAAAGAAUGUAUAUAUUGCACGAUGUUAUUCACAUUCUAUAUAGUUUGGAGAAAAAAGUGAUAAAAAUAUGUAGAAACUUAUUUAACUCUAACUCUGAUAUAGAUAUUCACACGCCAUAUUACUGUAGUGUACGAUUUUAUUAAAUGCAAUGUCUCGAA